AUGGUUCUCAUCAAGAGCCUCGUGCUCGGUGCCCUCGCCGCCACCGUCGCAGCUAAAUCCGCCGUCAUCGAACUGCUCCCCUCCAACUUUGACGACAUCGUUCUCAAGUCCGGCAAGCCUACCCUUGUCGAAUUUUUCGCCCCGUGGUGCGGCCACUGCAAGAAGCUUGCACCCGUCUGGGAGGACCUUGCAAACACUUACGAGCAUGCCAAGGACAAGAUCCAGAUUGCAAAGGUCGACGCCGACGCCCAGCGUGAGCUUGGCAAGCGAUUCGGAAUCCAGGGUUUCCCUACUCUCAAGUUCUUCGAUGGAAAGAGCGCAAAGCCCCAGGAGUACAAGUCCGGCCGUGAUUUGGAGAGCUUGACCAACUACAUUGCUGAGAAGACUGGUGUUAAGCCUAAGAAGAAGCUUGAGAUGCCCAGCGAGGUUACGUACCUCAACGACGCUACCUUUUCCAAGACCGUUGGCGGUGACCAGCACGUUCUAGUCGCCUUUACUGCUCCCUGGUGUGGACACUGCAAGACGCUCGCACCUACCUGGGAGGACCUCGCUGCCACAUUCUCCAACGACAAGAACGUCGUUAUUGCCAAGGUCGAUGCUGAAGCUCCCAACAGCAAGGCCACCGCCGAGGAUCAGGGUGUCAAGUCCUAUCCCACCAUCAAGUGGUUCCCUGCUGGUAGCAAGGAGCCCGUCGCCUACGAGAGCGGGCGCACAGAGCAGGCCUUUGUUGACUGGAUCAACGAGAAGGCAGGAACUCACCGCGUUGUUGGUGGCGGUCUUGACAACAUUGCUGGUACCGUUGAGUCUCUGGACACCCUCGUGGCCAAGAUCACCGGUGGUGCUGCCAUUGCUGAGGUUGCUGCCGAGGUCAAGAAGGAGGUCGAAGGCCUCACCGACGCUGCCCAGAAGACCUACGCCGAGUACUACGUUCGUGUCUUUGAUAAGCUGAGCGCCAACAACGACUGGGUUUCUAAGGAGCUUGGUCGUCUGGAUGGUAUUCUUGCUAAGGGCGGAUUGGCUCCUUCGAAGCGCGACCAGAUCCAGCAGAAGACCAACGUCCUUCGCAAGUUUGUACAGAAGAAGGCCGAGGAGAAGGUCGAGCAGGUUAAGGAGAAGAUCGAGGAGGUCAAGGACGAGUUGUAA